AAACAGUUAUUUUGCUAAUCGUUUAUUUCAGGUUCUAACUAAAUUAUAAUCUUUAUUAUUAAAAUGAAUACAAUUAUGGAAAAUACAAAUAUUUGUGAGGGGUGUUUAAGUAACGAUCGGACGUUAUUUAGUCAUAGUGACGAUAUAAAACAACUAUAUUUACAACUUUUAAAUGUUGAUUGUAAUUAUGAAAAAAUAUUAAAGCUAUGUUGGGAGUGCUGUGCUUUAUUGAGAAAAAUAAUAAAAUUCAAGGAACAAAUCAGAACUGCACAUGAAACAAUGUAUAAUUUGUGUAAUCAACCUAUAAGUCUAUCAAAUCUAAAAACAACAAACUGUUUGAACAUAGAGUGUAAUUAUUUUAAUGACAAUAAAUAUGUAUCUUUAAUAAAAAUAGAAAAUGAAGAAAAUAUUGUUAUAAAUGAUGGAAAAAAUGAAGCAAAAUUUGAUGUGUUUUACCAUAAUGAUAGAUUGUUUAAUGAUGACCAUUAUGAGAUACAUUGUGAAGAUUUUAAGUCAGAUUUUGAAGAUAAUAGUGAAAUAAUAAAAACGUCAUUAGACUUUAACGAUUCGGACGAUGAACCGUUGACGAGUGUUAAAAAGAAAUCGAAAAAUAAAACUAAAAAGAAAGAAGGUAAGAGACGUGAAAAAGAAUCGGGUGUUGUACAAAACGCGAGGGUUUUAAAGAAAUUACAACAAUUAAAUGUACACCCGGACCAUCUUGAAAUGGUCAUUCUUAGUUGGGAAGAGGUAGAAUCAGAAAGAAUUAGGGCCUUAUCAAGUGAUAACUUCACGAGGCACGCACACAAGUGCUAUAACUGUGCUAUAGGAUUCAACCAUAGGUGUAAACUGGAUGAUCACAUGAAGAAACACGAUGCGUCAGCAGGUACUUGUGAAUGUGAAGUUUGUCACAUUCGCUGUAAGGAUAAACAGGCGUUAUCGUCACAUAGGAGACGACAUAGAGUGAGAUGGCGCUGCCGUGUGUGCGGCGGCGUGUGGUCCCGUGCGAGUGUGGCCGCGGACCACGCCCACAAACAACACGCGGCCCCCGCGCCCACACACACGUGCACGCUGUGCGGACACGCCGCCGCUACAUUAGGUAAACUGCGCAAUCACAUGAAGAAAACUCACUCUGAAAAACACAAAUGCGAGUUGUGUGAGAAAGUGUUUAGAGACAGGACAUCACUACGGACGCAUUUGUUCAUACAUCGUGGCGAGAAAGAAUACUCUUGCCCGAAGUGUAACAAACAGUUUCUAUUCAAAAAAGCAAUGGAGAUUCAUCUGGUGACACACGAGUCUUCCGCUAAUAUGUACUGUCAUGAGUGCGACAUGACCUUUAAGAACCAAAUGUCUUUCAACCAGCACAUGAAGUAUAACUUAAAACAUAUUGACCCGGCGAGGCUCAAAUACGCAUGUAAAUUAUGUGACAAAAAAUUUGUAAAAGCGACUCGUCUUGAAGAACACAACAUGGCCGUUCACUUGAAGAUCACACCCAUCACUUGUUCAGUGCCUGGAUGUAGAUUUGCAUGUUCCUCACGAGCGGUUUUACGAUCGCACGCGCGUUCGCACGCCGCGACUGUGCCGCGAAGGGACCAUGUCUGCGAUGUCUGCGGGAAGACUUAUACGAGUAAAAAAAGCCUAGAGGGUCAUUUACGUGCACACAGCGGCGCGAGACCAUUUCAUUGUACGCUAUGUUCAGCCGCGUUUGGAUAUCAAGCUGCUCUGUAUAACCAUAAUAAAUUGGUGCAUUUGAAAGUUAAGACUAACCGAAGUCGGCAAAACCAAACCAAUUCAGAUUGGGUCGCCGCGGCCGUAGAUACUCCCAAUGUGCCAUAAUAAAUUAUU